AUGGCUGGGGAGAAAGGAGGUAGCAGGGACGAGGAAAGGGAGCCGUUGACAAGAGGCAGCAUAGAAUUCCGUGACUCGAUAAACUCGUUCGAUUAUUCCUCUUCCACCGCUUCGUUGUCCCUCGCCGUCAUUGAUAGAAUAAAUGGUUCCACGCAAGAUUCAAGGCUAGGCGAGAAGGAUCAACGUGAUGAUGACCAUGACCAAUACAGGAACGAGGAGGAAUAUGAUGUCGAGGAUGCAGACUAUAUCCCGUCUGGGGGGAAGACGGUACAGAAAACGACUAAGAUAGUGUUAUGGGCUCUUCUCUUUCUCUGCGUCGGUGGAUGGUCUCUUGCCUUUGUCAUUUUUUUAUUCAGGGGUCACGACACGCCCCAGACGUCCAUCGCGUCCGAGGAAAACAUAUCAAGUGGAGGUGCGCGAGGGAAUAGGAUAACGUUGGAUGAGGUGUUGGGGGGCGAAUGGGCGCCGCGUGCUCAUUCUAUAUCGUGGUUCCCCGGUCCAAAUGGCGAGGAUGGGUUAAUUCUUGAGAAGGAUAACCUCAGUGCGACGGCCUACUUACGAGUGGAAGAUAUUGUCGGUCGCAAGGACCCGAAGGCGUCCAAGAAAUCCAUUGUUUUGAUGCAGAAGAAAAUGUUUACAGUGGGACGAGAAACUGUCUAUUCCGCGCAGGCUUGGCCGAGUCCGGAUUUAAAGACAGUACUCGUGCUAUCUGAUCAACAGAAAAAUUGGCGCCAUUCGUUUACAGGGAAGUACUGGUUGUUCGAUGUGGAGACUCAAACGGGACAGCCACUCGAUCCUGGUGCUCCAGAUCGGCGGAUCCAGCUUGCUUCCUGGUCUCCGCAGUCUGAUGCUGUGGUGUUCACAAGGGACAAUAACAUGUUCCUUAGAAAAUUAACUUCAAAUGAAGUUGCAACGAUAACCACUGAUGGUGGCGUUGACUUGUUUUACGGAGUUCCAGACUGGGUUUAUGAGGAGGAAGUAUUUUCAGGUAACAGUGCGACUUGGUGGGCAUCUGAUGGCGACUAUAUUGCAUUCCUUCGGACCAAUGAGUCGUCAGUGCCAGACUAUCCUAUACAGUAUUUCGCAUCCCGACCAAGUGGAGAGAACCCCAAACCUGGCGAGGAGAACUAUCCCGAAGUGCGCGAAGUCAAAUACCCCAAAGCUGGAGCCCCGAACCCCAUCGUGGAUCUCCAGUUCUAUGAUGUUGGGAAGGGUGAAGUCUUCUCAGUGGACGUCACAAGUGAAUUUGCCGACGAUGAUCGCCUCAUAAUUGAGGUUCUCUGGGCUUCGAAUGGGAAGGCCCUUGUCAGAGAAACUAAUCGAGAAAGCGAUAUUCUUAGCAUUGCCAUUAUUGAUGUGCUAUCGAGGACCGGAAGGAUUGUCCGAAGAGAAGAUGUCAAUGCUUUGGAUGGCGGUUGGGUAGAGCCGACACAAUCUACGCGGUUUAUUCCUGCAGACCCGGAUCAUGGCCGGCUUGACGAUGGCUACAUAGAUACGGUCAUCUACGAAGGGCGCGAUCAGCUAGCCUAUUUUACACCGCUUGAUAAUCCUAAACCUAUUAUGCUCACAAAAGGUCACUCAGAGGUCGUGAAUGCGCCGUCUGGCGUGGACCUGAAGAGAGGGUUGGUCUAUUUUGUUGUUGCCGGAAAUGAACCCUGGGAACGACACAUCUAUAGCGUAAAUUUCGAUGGGACUUCACUUCAGCCAUUGACGAAUGUGACGGAAAGCAGCUACUAUGAUGUCUCCUUCUCAAACGGCGCCGGUUACGCUUUGUUAAAUUACAGAGGCCCAAAAGUACCGUGGCAGAAAGUUAUAAACACUCCUGCAAAUGAAAACUCGUUUGAAGCAAUCAUAGAGCAGAAUGACCACUUAUCUAGAAAGCUCCGUCUGUUUUCACUGGAGUCCAAGGUUUACCAACAUGUCACUGUGGAUGGUUUCUCGCUACCCGUGAUGGAACGACGCCCACCAAACUUUGACCCGGCUAAGAAAUACCCCGUCCUUUUCCAUCUGUAUGGCGGACCGGGGUCACAAACAGUGUCCAAAAAGUUCAGUGUCGACUUCCAGAGUUAUGUUGCUUCGACCCUGGGGUAUAUUGUUGUCACAGUAGACGGCAGGGGUACUGGCCACAUUGGCCGGAAAGCACGUUGCAUAAUUCGAGGCAACCUCGGGCACUAUGAAGCUCGAGAUCAAAUAGAGACUGCCAAAAAAUGGGCGGCAAAGCCAUACGUUGAUGAAUCUCGGAUGGCCAUUUGGGGCUGGAGCUAUGGAGGCUUUAUGACUCUGAAGACGCUCGAGCAGGAUGGUGGACGAACUUUCCAGUACGGAAUGGCAGUAGCACCGGUGACUGAUUGGCGGUAUUAUGAUUCCAUCUAUACCGAACGCUAUAUGCGUACCCCUCAACACAACCAAGGGGGUUAUGAUACCUCCGCUAUUUCUAACACCACCGCUUUAGCAAGCAAUAUUCGUUUCCUUCUUAUGCAUGGAACUGCCGAUGAUAAUGUGCAUAUCCAAAACUCACUGACCCUCCUCGAUAAACUUGACCUGGACGACGUUGAUAAUUACGAUGUCCACGUCUUUCCAGACUCUGACCACAGCAUAUAUUUUCAUAACGCGCAUAAAAUGGUCUACAACCGUCUUGGUGACUGGCUCAUCAACGCUUUCAAUGGUGAAUGGUUGAAGGUCCAUAAACCUACACCGAACAAUUCUCUAUUUCGACGCGCCGAGACAUGGGGUGGAUUACCUGUAUGA